AAAGUUUAAGGGGAAGCUGUGACGCAUAUGGAGUCAACAAAAAUGGUUGAAGUUCAAACUGGUAGGAAAGAAAGCAAUGAUCAAAGUAAGAUUAUGUACUCAAGAAAAGAGUUAGAGGCUUUGAGGUUUGCCAAGGUUGUGGAACAGCGGAAAUUGUGGAUGGAUGUAUAUAAUGGUCUUGGUACUGAUGUGAUCAGGGAGUAUGAGGAAUUGGGAAGCUGGAAGCAGCGGAAGAACAUUAGCUUGAGAGCUGAUACUCGUCACCACUUUGGAAAGAAGGCAGAAUCUCCUGCAACUCUGAGGGAAGAUUAUUCGGAAAACGUGGGUAAUGAACCAGAAUACAUGGAGGAUAAUGAGACUGAAGAUAUAUAUCCUUUGGGUCUUACUUCUACUCUUGAUGUCGGAGUUGAAGAUGCCUUCAUUGAUGUAAAAGAAGAAUGUAUUGAAGAUGAUGACAGUGAUGAAAAUUACACCAGUAUUCUUAAGCCUGCUUUUAUGGUAGAAGGGGAACCUGACUUCGAUUCUGGUCCUCCAGAGGAUGGAUUAGAAUAUCUUAGGCGUGUCAGGUGGGAAGCUGCUCAAAUUCCAAAAGUAAAGAUUGCCAAGGCUGAUGGGAUUAAAUUGAACAAGGAACAAAGUAUUUAUAUGCCCCAGAUCCCUGAAAUUGCUAAGUGUCCAGAAUAUUUACUGCCAUUGAAACAGUGGGAGGAAGCAUUUCUUGCAGAUUUUUCAGAGCUACGACAAGCUCUGUCAUAUUUAGAGGAUCCCAUUGCUGAAAUUUCUUGUAAACUACCAAAGUUUACUGUUCUACAGGAGGACUUGUGUCCGCUUCCCGAGAGUGUUGUUACCGAGAAAUUUAACAACCUUGCAACCAGUGAAGUCCAUUCUGAUCAGAUAUCUUUGUCAAAUGCUGCAGACAGUAUGAUUUUACUGUCUCAUCAGAUUCCAUGCGCUAAAACCUCUGUUAGUGAUACAUGUGGUGACUGCCCAACCUUGUUUGCAAUCCGCAAAAUGGACUCUGUAACUCGAGUUUCAAUGCUUAGGAAACGCAUAAGCUCGAUUGAGCCCAUGGCCUCACUGUCAAGGAGUAAUUGUGUGUGGCUAUUUGCUUUAUGUGCAGCAGUCGACACUCCUCUGGACGCCAAUACUUGUGCUUCUCUUCGUAGUCUGCUUCGGAAAUGUGCUAACUUGAGAGCUGGGAAGUUAGAGGUCGAUGAUGAAGUUAUUAUGCUAAAUAUUUUGGCCACAAUUACGGGAAGAUAUUUCGGCCAGUCUGAAACCUGAAGGUUUUUCUCAUUCUCAGUGUCUGUAUUUAUGCUGGUUAAUGACAAUGUGAUUUUAUGGUAACUUAUUAUGAAGAAAGUCUGAGGUUUUUCGAGACAUAUCUUUGUUUUUGCUAAGCAGAUGCAAAGGUUUGUGUAACAAGCAAGACAAAUGCAGUUUCUUUUUCUUUGGGUAUGUGUUGCAGUUUCAGACCAUCCAGUGUGUUAUAUUUCAAAGAGAAAUGUUUGACGG